AAUUUAGAGGCUUGCGCAUUUAAAAUGGCAGACGCUCCGAACAGAAAAAUCCACCACAGUUUGACAAGUCAAAUACCCCUUUCAAGGAUACUUUGAAGAAAAUGGAUAUAUGGAAAACAAUCGGUCAUACCCUUGGAAUAAAGUCGAGGGGAUCAGGGGCGGGAGGCGUCCCUCUCCUAAUCUUCUGUGGGGGCCAGAGAGUAUAAAAGACCUGUAAACCCUGCACCGCUCCUAAGGAAAGCCGAGCGUUGACAUCCACUCCUCCUCAGGAGAGAGAUACAUAAGGCGAACGGUGCUGCAGCUGCACCCAGUCAACAGCCUGUCAAUCAACCGCACUACAUCACGGGGAGUGAAUUCAAAGAGAAGAGACCAACAGUGACCAACAGCCAUGAAUCUUGAGCCGCCCAAACCAGAGAUCAAAUCAGCCACCCGUGUCACUGGUGGUCCCGCCACACCGCGCAAAGGACCACCUAAGUUCAAGCAGAGGCAGACUCGCCAGUUCAAGAGCAAGCCACCGAAGAAGGGUGUCCAAGGUUUCGGAGAUGACAUCCCUGGCAUGGAAGGUUUAGGCACUGACAUCACUGUCAUCUGCCCCUGGGAGGCCUUCAACCAUCUGGAGCUUCACGAGUUGGCUCAGUAUGGUAUCAUCUGAGCCCUUCACCUUCUCGUCACCCUUCCCGUCAUGGUCUCCAAACCACCUGCCUCCGUCCUGGCCAUUGGCUCCAAGUGCACCAUUCCAUCUUUUAUAACAGAAUAAACACACAAAAGAGCAACAUUUAUAAAAAUGGAAAAACUAAGAAAAAUUUCAACAACAACAAAAAAAAUUCUGACUAUCAAUCCCUCCGGUUUCUCUUCUUUCUUGCAGUCCAAGAACACGUUCUGCUCAAAUAGAACAGAAAAGUCUCUAUGAUCGCGUUCCGUUUGCCUAGAAAAACUGCUGCUCCUUUUCUUUGCUCUUUUCUACUCUCCCUCCAUUUUCUUCUGGAACACGAAACAUACGCAAGCAAGACAGCCUCAGUGUGAGUAAAAACAAGAGACGUACCCGUGAAAUGCCUGGCUUCUCAUUUCACGUGCCUCGGUGCCUCUUCACUCCACCUUCGCCGAGUACAUAAGAAAAGAUCAAAGUCCUGUAGAGAUGAAACACCCUGCUGGCCGACAUUUUAGUUAGACCACCAAAACGUCAUUUCAGCCCACUCUUUCUCCAUCAGGCUACCCAAUUGGGUAAUAAAUACAGAUUUUGACAUUUCAACCUUUGACAUUCCACUCCCUUCUACUUUUUAAUGUCUGUGUAAGGAUACGUUCAGGAACAGUUACUUUUUAAAUAUCAUAUUGGCUUUGUGUUUUUGCAACCCCUUUAUUCAGUGCAUACAUACAUAUACAGGCACAACUGGAUCGUUAGAAUUCAUUUUGGGCUAUAAUUUUCGGUUUCAGUAAGUCUCUCGGGUGACUGUUAGGGAGCAGUGUAUUGGGCUGUCAUGUCUUGUGUUUCAUUCAUUCAUAUAGGCCUAGUUAUUUUUCAUCGCCAUCAUUUGUCAUCUUCAUCGUCAUAUUCUUCUUUGUGUCCCAUUUUAGUCUUACUAAUAAUUUAUUCAUUAAUUUCCAUUUGUAUAUUUCAUUGUACAUUAUUAUUCAUUAUAAUUUGGUCCACUCAUCGUAUAAGGCUCCAUUUAAAUGUCCUGUCUCUUUCAUAGAUUUAUGAUUUUCUAGCCAAUAAUUUUCUUCCACUUUUUUGUCAUUGUGUCAAGUACGUGUUUAUUCCCCUAUGUUUAUGUUUGUUGCAUGCUCUGUCUUUCACCAUUAAGUUUUAUGUUCAUUCAUUGAUUUGUUCAACCAUUAGUUUAGUCACAUUAUAGGUAUUUCUAAUUUAAUGAAAGCCCAUUUCCCACACAGUCAGCUCCUCAUUUAUCCAAAUAUAAAUGUUAUAUCCAAAGUAAAUUCUAUAUUAUAAAAAAGUGGUUUGCACAAGCAUGAACGUAUGUUAAUUUUUACACAAAUCCUUAUGUAUUAAGAUUGUGUGUCCUCCUGAAUCCUCAAGUUAUGAGUGAAAAUAUUUUGUGUUAUUUUGGCCUGUAUUUUGCAGAUAGGGGUUUCAGGCAUGUAUGAGGGUUGACAUCAUUGACUAAAGUGAAUUUUUUUCUCUACAGGAUGAGAUCAAAAUAAAGCUUGAAAAAAAAGAGAAAAAAUAA